AUGAAGAACCAAACAGAGGUGGAACAAUUCAUUUUGUUGGGCCUGGACAAUAUCUUGGAGCUUCAGUAUAUAGUCUUUGCAUUUUUUAUGCUAUUAUAUAUGGCCACCUUGGUAGGGAAUGGAGUUAUUGUUAUUGUAAUUUUUACUGAACCUCGACUUCAUAUUCCCAUGUAUUUUUUCCUUGGAAAUCUUUCCUGCCUUGACAUCUUCUAUUCCACAGUAACUGUUCCAAAAAUGCUGCAAGGAUUUCUUUCAGAGCUGCAAACUAUUUCCUUCAAGGGUUGCAUGGUCCAACUCUUUUUCUUCUACUUCAUGGGUGGUACAGAAGGCAUUCUCCUUGGAAUCAUGGCCUAUGACCACUACGUUGCAAUAUGCAAUCCUUUGCGUUACACUGUCCUCAUGAGAAAAGAGGUUUAUCUCCUGAUGGCAGCAGCUGCCUGGUCCACUGCUUUUUUCCAUGCCUUGAUGCAUGCAGUGGUGACUGCUCGCCUUCCCUUCUGUGGACCAAAUCUAAUUGAGCACUUUUUCUGUGACAUUAAGCCACUGUUGAAAUUGGCCUGUGGCAGCACAUACCUCAACCUCAUGCUUCUCAGUACUGUGACCAGUUGUGUUGCUAUGGGCCCUUUUAUCAUCACAGUAAUUUCCUACUUCUACAUUAUUACUUUCCUUCUCUUCAAAGUGCAAUCCCAGAGUGGUCGACAGAAAGCCUUCUCUACCUGCGGAUCCCACCUGACUGUGGUGGCUUUAGUCUAUGUUCCUGUGUUAUUUAAUUACAUGCUUCCCACUCUGGGUACCUCCUCUCAACGAGAAAUGAUACUAACUCUUAUAUAUAGUGCUGUUACCCCAGUUUUGAACCCACUUAUUUAUACACUGAGAAAUCAGGAGGUUAAAAUGGCAAUGAAAAAGAUUCUGGGCAGAAAGAUUUUCACAUUUUGGUGA